CUUCCGGUCCAAGCGAGACAACUACUCAAACCUCGCGCAUUAGAGCUCUGGAGAGGCUGGUGUGGAGUUGCGCGUGCACGAACGAAAAGACUGACAUCUGUCAAAUUCCCAGAAAUCGGCACACAUUCUUCAGCGACCAUUGGGCACCGCCGCGGUGGGGAAGGCGAGUAUAGAGAGGCGGUGAACAGUAGCAACAUUGCGAGACGUGUCACCGGACCGCGUUGGUUCCAAGAUAUGCACGACCCCAGCCACAGUCGCAAACACAACUGGACGGCUCGUCAUACUUGAAUGUCGUGCGAUUGAUAAUUCACUAAGAUGGUGUUUCAAUGCGGGAAACGCCAAUGGAUGAGGAGAGACAUAGGGUUUUCGGUCGUUCCCCUGAGCGUGAAGCGCUGGUGUCAAAGAGGUUAGAUUUAACCCUCGAUCGAGCUAACUUGCUGGGCGCGAUUGGCCGCAUGAUAUAUACGUCCGAGCAGAUACGCCCGAUACCUUGAUGCGCUGUCAUCGCAGACCUCGAGGAGAAACCUUGUGGAUGCUCCACACAGACUUCAUGUUCAUGCGCGCGAACGCAUGCACGAGCCUUCCAAACGUAAUAUGAGCAGCAGAGAUAAGAGCAACGUUUUCUCUACGACAAUUUACCGAUCUCGACUUGGGACUGACUUCUCCACCUGCUUAAGGUGACUAGUUUCGAAAGUGUACCGCCGGCGAUGUCUUGUGAAAUCAGAUGCUCCUACGAGAAUUACAAGGCGGUACACGAUCCCAGACGUACAUGAAAUGUGGCAAAUAAUGUUGCACUUUUCGAGAUGCGGCAUCUUGAGCCGACUCGAGUUACAAGACAGAACGCUCUAAGUCAAUCGGCAGAUGCUGUGAAGUGUAUGAGCCAUGUUGAAGAGUACAUUCAUCGAAGACUCGUGGAUGUACCCAGAGCUCUUCGCACCUGAUUUGCUGAGGAAGUCACGCUUCUGUUCGAUCGUGAAGUGACAGCUUCUCAGAGGGGCUCAUAGCUUCACUAUCUUACACCUCAGGCCUGAAACCAUUCGUUGGUCACGUUGCCGCUGGAAUCUAUUUAAGCAAGCAUGCUGCAGCUUGCCGUUUCCGAUAAUGAGGAGUUAUCGUGAGCCAGGAACGCGUAUCAAGGAAUGUUUCCAUGCCUUUGGACAUAAAAACUGCCGCCGCCACUGACAUAGUACCGUCACUUCUUGUCCCCCAGCUCUAGGCUGGAGCAAUCUACUGUGCUCCAGACCGAAUCCCAAUAUCCUCUUUUCACAUACAGCGUUGAAAGUUGCAGAUGAAUAUGGCAGGCUCAACGGUGCCUCGAUUCCCUUCGCCCAACAGCGGCACGUCCAACAUGCCAAUCGCUGUCGUCGGCAUCGGUGCCCGAUUCUCAGAUACCGCUACUGACCCAGAGAAGUUCUGGGAACUAUUGGCAGAGGGACGAAGCACCAGUCAACCAGUGCCAAAAGAUCGAUUCGAUGCUGACGCUUACUACCACCCCGACUACGACCAUGCAGGUACAUGCGUCACAACCAAGGGCCACUUCAUGAAGCAAGAUGUGUCCAAGUUCGAUGCUCCAUUCUUCUCCAUCACAGCCAACGAAGCCAAAUCCAUGGAUCCCCAGCAAAGAAUGGCUCUCGAAGUUGCCUACGAAGCAUUCGAAAAUGCUGGAAUGCGAAUCGAGGACUUGACAGGAUCAAAUACAUCUGUGUACAUGGGUACUUGUACCCAAGACUACUAUGAUUUGCUGCUCAAGGAUUCUGAACCAACAACCAUGCAUUCCGUCACCGGCAUCAGCAAGUCACUCUUGGCUUGUCGGUUAUCCUGGUUCUUUGAUCUCAGAGGUCCAGCUUUGACAAUUGACACUGCCUGUUCGUCGGCACUAUGUGGAGUUCAUCUCGCUUGCCAGAGUCUGCGUACCGGCGAGAGUGAGACCGCGCUGGUAGCUGGCACCAAUCUGAUCUUCGCCAUCGAUACCAUGGUUUCCAUGUCGGCCAUUCAUGCUCUCAGUCCCGAUGGGCAAUGCUACAGUUAUGACCACAAGGCCAACGGUUAUGCCAGAGGCGACGGAAUAGCCGCUCUUGUCCUCAAGCCACUGGAGAAGGCCCUUGCCGACGGCGAUGUAAUUCGCGGAGUCAUCCGUGGCUCAGCUAUCAACCAAGACGGCGGUGCCUCAGGUAUCACCCUUCCUAUCGCUGCUGCUCAGGUAGACCUUGUCAACACCGCAUACUCGAAUGCUGGACUCCCUUUGAAUCAAACAGCCUACUUUGAGGGUCACGGCACGGGCACCGUUGCUGGUGACCUCCAAGAAACGACCGCCAUGGCAAAGACCAUUGGGAAAGUAAGAUCCAAGGAAAGCCCACUCUAUAUUGGCUCUUCCAAAACCAACAUUGGGCACAUUGAAGGUGCUAGUGGUCUCGCAGGCUUGAUCAAAGUCAUUUUCUCGCUGGAGCAUGGGAUGAUUGCUCCAAACGUCAAGUUUGAGCACCCACCCCCGUCAAUGGACUUCGACGAGUGGAAUCUCAAGGUCGCCACGGAAUUGACGCCGUGGCCACUCGAAGGCGUGCGUCGGGCCAGCGUCAAUGGCUUUGGUUUUGGUGGUACGAAUGCCCAUGUCAUAGUCGACGAUGCCUACCAUUUCCUCAAGGAACACGGUCUCAAGGGUAGACAUAAUUGUAUUGUCAAUGAGCCCAGCAGCUCACCACACUCCACUGCAGAUUCUGGUUUCGGUACUAUGGACUCUAGUGUGGAGCUCUCUGAUCCGUUUGAGAUCAGCUUCAAGAACAAAAUCGCCGCUUUGAAUGCCCAACCAAGGCUCCUACCAUGGUCUUCAGGCGAGAAAAAGGGCUUGGAGAGAACAUUCUCUCAGCUCUCCGAAUACUUGACGCAAAAAGCCGCUGAGGGCUACGCGCCUGAGGUGCUGGACAGGUUAGGCUUCACUCUUGCAAAGCGAAGAAGUAUCUUCCCAUGGAGGACUUUCUCGAUGGCUUCAUCAUUGGAGGGUGCCGCUACUCAAUUGAGUGCUUCCCUGGCCACUCCUGUACGAGCCAAGCAAUCCACAGAUAUCGCGUUCAUCUUCACUGGUCAAGGUGCUCAAUGGCACGCUAUGGGCAGAGAAUUACUACCAUAUAGAGUCUUCCAUGACAGUCUGACAGCAUCAGAUGAAGUCCUGCAAGCGCUAGGAUGUACCUGGUCCUUGUUCAAGGAACUCGCCAAAGACAAAGACAUGUCACGGAUUGAUGAGACUGAGUUAAGCCAGGCUUGCUGUACUGCAUUGCAAUUAGCUUUGGUGGACUUGCUGCGCUCAUGGGAUGUACUCCCAAACGCAGUCAUCGGCCAUUCAAGUGGUGAGAUUGCCGCGGCUUACGCGAAAGGUGCCAUCAGCCGUGCCUACGCGAUCAAAGCUGCCUACUACCGAGGAGUGUACGCCAACAAGUUGAAAGAGGUCUCCCCUGACCUGAAGCUGGGCAUGCUUGCUGUCGGCGUUGGCGAAGCCCAGAUGAGGCCUUACCUCGAACCUGUCCAGGACAAGGUCACUAUUGCUUGCUACAAUAGUCCCUCAAGUUUGACACUUUCUGGUGAAGUUAGCAGUCUCGACGAAGUCGAGGAGGCUCUGAAGGCUGAGUCAAUAUUUGCCCGAAAAUUGAAGGUGAACGUAGCCUAUCAUUCCACCUACUUGAAUGGGAUUGCUGAGGAGUACAGCAAUUCUUUGGGUGAUGAGAAGCCGCUUUCGAACUGCGACAGCAUCAAGAUGAUCUCUACGGUCACCGGACUUCCUAUUGAAAGUUCCAGCUUCGAGACAUCCUACUGGGUCAGCAACUUGUUGUCACCUGUAAAGUUUGAUCAGGGUUUGCAGAAGUUGCUGAAGGACACAUCUAUCGAUCUACUCGUCGAAAUUGGGCCACAUGGUGCUCUCCAAGGACCAGUCAAGCAAAUACUCUCGGCAAUCAACAUGGAUCUUCCAUCCAUGUCAUUGCUAGACCGGAAACGGGACGCCGCCAGUUCCACUGUGGAAGCCAUGGGUCGCCUGUGGCAGUAUGGUGUUGACGUUGACGUACCUUCUGUCAACAGUCUACAAGGCACUCAAGCUGGCACUCCCGCGCCACUGGUAGAUCUUCCUCCUUACGCCUGGAAUCAUGAGAACAAUUACUGGUGUGAGUCGACUAUCUCCAAAGACGUCCGCUUCCGACACGAAAAGCGACACCAUAUCUUGGGCUAUCUCAUCCCUGGUGCUGUUCCGAAUGAGCCACUGUGGAGAAACUUGCUACGGAUAUCAGAAAGCCCAUGGCUCCAGCACCACAAGAUCCAGGGCACUAUACUAUAUCCAGCAGCUGGUUUCAUUGCUACUGGCAUACAGGCAAUGUGGGAAUUUACUGGCUUUCGCGAGGACGUUGCCGGAUUCGAGCUCCGAGAUGUCAAAAUUGAAAGAGGUCUCGUCGUUCCUGCUGACGAUGCUGGCGUCGAGACCAGCCUACAAUUGAAGCCGAUCAAGGUCGGCACCGCGUCGAUGGAAGUCGUGUGGCACGAGUUUACUCUCUAUUCCAGGUCGAGCAGUGAUAUCUGGCAGGAGCAUUGCUCCGGUCUGAUCCGGAUCAAGCCUAAACAGCAGACUAACGCACUCUUCAACGAUGAAGAAGCUGCUGAGAUGAAACGUAUGAGAGAACGACACAUGGAGAUCAGAUCUCGCUGCACCAAGUCUGAGUACCCAAGACAAUUCUAUGAAGCGUUAUCCACAAUGGGUUACCAAUAUGGCAGUGUCUUCCGAGGCUUGAGCGAGAUCAAAUACGGCUACAUGGAAAGUAGCUGUGUGUGCACUGUUCCAGAUACCAGAGCAACCAUGCCGUUCAACUUUGAGUUGCCUCACAUAGUUCAUCCCGCAUUCCUAGACAGCAUCUUCCACAUGCUUCUACCAUCACUCAUGCCUGAAGGAAUGCAUAUGAGCGCUGUCGGCGUCCCUACACAUUUCGAGUAUCUAUACGUCGCUGCUGACAUCAGUAAGACUCCUGGAGACGAUGUCAUAGGAUACUCCGAGGCCAUUCCUCCCCUGAGUCGAGAAACGCACGGUAACCUCGUGGUCAUGGAUGCAGGGCUCACUAAGCCGGUGGUGGUCAUUGAGAACCUCACCUGUACAGCAGUGGCAUCUGCUGGCAAUGAGCAGGAUGGACUUCGGCAAUUAGGAAGCGAGCUCAUUUGGAAGACCGAUGUUAAUGAGCUGGGAAGCACCAUGGCACCAGCUGAGCUUGACACGAUCACUACUCGACUUCUGGCAGAGAACCCGAAAGUCGCUGAAGAGCUCGAGUUCGCGGGUCUGACCUAUGCUAAGCGGAUUCUCAACUCGAUCACACCUGAACAGGUGAAAUCGCUGAAGCCUCAUCAUCAACUUUUCUACCAGUACUGUCAACACAACUUCGAACUCGCCUCGCAAGGCAAGCUUCCUCAUCAAACAAGUGGCCUUGACUGGCUCAAUCCGCCGGAGGAGGUAGAGAAAGACAUCCUCUCUCGCGUCUCACAGGCAACAAAUGACGGUCGACUCCUAUGCCAUCAGGGAGAGCAUCUAAUUGAUAUCCUACUCGGUAAGACAGAGCCUCUGGAAGUAAUGAUGGAAGACAAUCUUCUCGACGCCUACCAUGGACAUCACUUGGGAUGGGAGAUUGCUCAUCAUCAACUGGCCGAGUAUAUUGACCUACUUGCUCACAAAAACCCUGAGCUCAAUGUCCUCGAGAUUGGUGCUGGGACCGGUGGCACCACUCUUCCUAUCCUACAAAAACUUGGUGGAGAGAAGGGCGAAUCGCCACGCAUGAGAUCUUACUGCUACACUGACAUUACUAGUGGUUUCUUUGAAGCAGCUGCAGAGAAAUUUGCGCCAUGGGUCUCAUACAUGCAAUUUCAGAAAUUAGAUGUCGAGUCCGAUCCCACGGAGCAAGGUUAUGAGGCAGGCAGCUAUGAUGUGAUCAUUGCCUCCAAUGUCCUUCAUGCGACAAGGUCCAUGGACGAAACCAUCAGCAAUGUUAGCACUCUCCUCAAGCCGGGUGGAAAGCUGGUUCUGUACGAGAUCACCAAUCCCCUUCAGAGAGUCUGUAUGAUCUUCGGCUCCUUGCCUGGUUGGUUUGCUGGCGCCGAUGAAGGACGACGACUUUCGCCCUGCUUGACAGAGAAGCAGUGGUCCGACUUACUCCAGCGUCACAAUUUCUCUGGUGUUGACGUAUCUGCUCGCAGCAUGCCAAGUGAGCAAGAUUACAUGCAGAGCUUUAUGGCAUCAACCAAGAACGCGGCUGAGAUUAAGACACAAUUGCCUACAGAUGUCGUCAUCAUCCAGCCCGGCGAUGCUGAAGUGAACAACAAGUUGAACGAGAAGCUUGUAUCUGCUCUGCAGGCCGUGGGAGUACAAGCCGCAUGCCAGAGCAUGGCUGAGGCUCUUGCUGCUGGCGUAAACAAGAAAUUCUGCAUUAUCACUCUGGAAGCUGAGAAACCGUGGCUGAUAGAUGUUGACGCCAAAGAUUUUGACAACCUUCAAGACCUCGUCGUACGCUCGAGACGUCUUCUUUGGCUCACAAGGGGUGCCACAGAUGGACACGAGCCUGGCUCGAGUCUCAUUACGGGCCUGGCUCGCGCAAUCAGAGCUGAGAACCCAGGGCUCGUCCUCGCCACGUUGGAUCUCGAUCCGAGUUGGAAUUGUGAUGACCGGGCCAAUAUCGAUUCGAUCAUGCGAGUCUUCGAGUUGUGCUGCGAAGAAAAGGAAGAAGCUGACCCCGAUUGGGAAUACGCGUUGCGUAGAGGGUCGCUUCAGAUUCCACGAUACACACCUGACGCCCCGACUGACGCAAUGCUACAAGCUAUGACAACUCAACGCCAACCGGUUGCUGGUCCGUUGAAGCAAGAUGGUCGUCCUCUGAAGCUGGAAAUUGGAGCACCGGGCAUGCUGAGCUCGUUCCGAUUUGUCUCGGACGAGAAAGUAGUAGAGCCACUUGCUGACAACGAGAUUGAAAUUGAAGUCAAAGCCACUGGCCUUACACCGAGAGAUGUCCUCAUCGCAACUGGCCAAGCCCCACUAGAUGAGAUUGGGUCCGAGGCUGCCGGUGUUGUCUGCAAGGUUGGCAAUGCGGUUAACAACUUCAAGCUAGGUGACAGAGUUGUUACCUGGCAGCGAAAUGAGGGCUGCUUGCGAACUCAUCUGCGUAGCACAGAGACCUCAACGCUGGCAAUCCCAGAUAACUUGUCCUUCGAAGAUGCUGCCUCGCUGCCUAUGGCUUUUGCGACAGCGUGGUACGCCUUGAGUCUCCGGGUUCGUCUCGGAAAGGACCAGAGUGUGCUUAUCCACAAUGGCGCCAGUGCCGUAGGUCAGGCUUCGAUCAUGGUCGCCCAGCACCUUGGUGGAGAGGUCUUCGUUUCGGUGUCGACUGCUGAGGAAAAGGCUGUGGUUCAAAAGUACGGUGUCAAGAACGACAACAUUCUCAGCGUCACUGAUGCCGAGUUCGUGAGGGGUAUCAAGCGCCUCACGAAUGGAAAGGGUGUUGAUGUAGUGCUUAACUCACUUAGAGGCGAAGCUCUCCGUCAAACCUGGCACUGUGUUGCGCCAUUCGGCUAUUUCAUUGAACUCGGUCAGGAGGAUAUUCUGGGCAACACUGGCCUAGACAUGGGUCCUUUCAAGCACAACGUCACAUUCAUUGGUGUCAAUCUUCUUGAAUUGUGCCGCAGCGGCGAGCAGAUUGCUGCAACGCUGUUCGGCGCUGUUUGGGAACUCCUCAAGGACGGAAAGAUCCAGCCACCACAAGGACUUUCCCAGUACAAGUAUUCGCAGAUGGAAGGGGCUUUCAAUGCCAUGCAGUCGACUGGCAUCGGUAAGGUCAUAAUGACUGUCGAGGAUGGUGAUGAAGUCUUGAUUGUACCCCCUGGUGCCCAAGCUCUUGACUUCAAUCCCGACGCCAGCUAUAUCCUUGCUGGAGGCUCUGGUGGUAUCGGUCCUUUGAUCGCGGCCUGGAUGGCAGAUCACGGAGCCAAGAAUCUCAUCGUCCUCUCUCGGUCAGGCAUCAUGAGGCCCGAUGCCAAGGAGGUCUAUGAUGCACUUGUUGUUCGUGGCUUAGUCGUGAAGGACAUCAGAUGCGAUGUGACUGACCCUGUUGCUGUGAGCGCCGCAGUUGAUGAAUGCCAGAAGACUAUGCCUGUCAUCAAGGGUAUUAUUAUGGGAGCCGUCAAGCUCGAAGAUUCGGUCUUUGACAACAUGACUUUUGCCAAUUGGAAGAAUUGUCUCGACCCUAAAGUGAAGGGGACUUGGAAUUUGCAUCAAGCUUUGCCGAAAGACUUGGACUUCUUUGUUUGUUUGUCGUCCAUCGGUGGUUCGGUAGGCAACCGUGGCCAGGGUAAUCACGCUGCUGAAAGCACUUACCAAGACGCUUUGAUGGAGCACCGCCGUAACUUGGGCCUAGCUGGCUGCAGCAUUGACAUUGGUACCAUUCUCGGUGUUGGUUGGAUCGCCGAGAACAUCGAAGCCGCCGCCAUGGCGUAUCUCCGGUCCAUUCAAUACCUCGGCAUGCGCUUUGAUGAGCUUCUUCUUCUCAUUCAAGCUGCCAUCACUGGCUACACGAUGGAAGGGUACCACACACCUACCGUACUUGCGGCAGGUCUGGGAACGGGCGGCUUGGUUCUUCAACAUGAUGUCGACCCGCCAUUCUGGUUCGAUGACGCCAAGUUCCGACACCUCCGCAUCGUUGGCACACACUCGAACGACUCGAGCGACGACCAGGAAGAAGGCAGUGUCCCGGUAGCCGCGCAGCUCAAGGCUGCUACCUCCCUCAACGAAGCUGGAGAGCUCGUGACCGCAGCCAUCACGAACAGAUUGGCAAAGCAAUUGCUCAUGUCGCCCGAUGACUUGGACAGCAUGAAGCCAAUCAGCAGACUCGGCGUCGACAGCUUGAUUGCCGUUGAAUUGAGAAACUGGAUCUUCAGAGAGGUCGGCGCUGAUGUGGGUAUGUUUGAGAUUUUGAGUGAGGAGCCCAUGUGCAAUCUUGCAGUCAAGAUCGCAGGAAUGUCCAAGUUCUUACCCAAGAGCUUGACGGAGGGCGGGGAGGAAGAGGCCAAGGACAAUGCCUUUGAGCAGAAAGGAGCUAUUACAAACAGUCACUUCCCGGACCUGUCUCAGGGCGUUGUUGUCUAGGAGCCUUAGGCAAGAAGGCAAGGAGAGUCAUGAGCUGGGAUGUGGUUAUACGGAUUUCCUUUGUUUAUCGGAGUUGGAGUUGCUUUUUGAAUGAUGGCAUGAUAUUUAUGAUAUGAUAAUGACACUCCUCACUUUAGAAUGAUCUUCAGCAUGUUCA